AUGGCCGCAGCGCCCGGCGCGGGUGCGGCGCCCGCCUCGGCCCCGGCCCCGGCCCCGGCCGCCCCGGGGGCCCCCCGCGCGCGGAGCCCGGCGUCGGGGCUGGGGCGCUGCCGCGCGGCGCUGCUGCUGGCCGUGGCGCUGGACGUGGCGGGCAUGGCGGCGCUGCUGACCGGCGUGUUCGCGCAGCUGCAGGUGCGCGGCCGCGACUUCGGCGACCUGCUCAUCUACUCGGGCGCGCUGCUCGUCUUCCUCAGCCUGCUCGGCUGGAUCCUCUGGUACACCGGCAACAUCGAGAUCUCGCGCCAGGAGCUGGAGCGCGACUACGGCCUGCGGCCCUCCGCCCUGGCCCGCCUGGCGCGCAAGCUGUCCCGCCGCUGGUCCGCGCCCGCCGCCGCCGCCGCCCCGCGCGCCCCGCACGCCGCCCGCCGCGCCGCCCGCGCCGCGCCCGCGCCCGCCGCCGGCUCCCGCCGCGUGCGCCUGCAGCUCGCCACGCUCGAGGCCGGGGCCGGGGCCGGGGCCGGGCCCGAGUGA